AUGCCCGUCGCAUUCACCGAACAGACCUCAUACGAGACUCUCCAAACACGUAAAACCCAGCUACAAUCCUACAGCACUUCAGCCUACACGACACGACCAACAACAGCGGGCUCUAUUGGAUCAUCGGGCGAGCCGCACUAUUUCACACCAAGUGAAGUAUCAGUACACAACAGUGGCCACGAUUUGUGGAUUUCGUUUCUGGGACGUGUUUAUGAUUUGACGAGCUUGUAUCAAGAGUAUAAAGCUGAUCCAAGAGUGCUGCCAUUACUCCGUAACGCUGGUCGUGACAUCUCUCAUUGGUUUAAUCCACGGACUGGCGAGUUCAAAACCCAAAUCCACCCCUUAUCCAACGUCCCCGUUCCAUUCACACCAGAGGGCCUCGUCCCGCACAUCCCACCAACCUUCCCAUCCUCAAACUGGAAUAUCGAAGAAGCUGAAAUGCCAUGGUGGAUGAACGACGAGCAGUACUGUGUGGGGAGACUAAGUUCGAAAACCCGCAAGAUACGUAUUGUAAACACGCUGACUGGAGAUGAGGAUGUCCUUGAGGUCUGCGGCGAAGAAUCGCUCAACGCAAUCCAAGACCGGUAUGAAGCACUAAACGCACAUGCGCGUGGAUACAAAUGGAAGAGACUUGGUGCUAUCCUGGAUAUGUCAUUGACGUUAGAGGGGAACGGCAUUGCGGAUGAGUCUGCUAGAUUUCAGAAACUGGAUAUGGAUGAUGAGCAUUGGUUGCCUGCCAUUCACUUGUACUUUGCAGAUGAUUUGACUGUUGCAUACGUCGCGAUAUGGUCAUAUUUGAUACCCAUUCUAGCCCAAAACUACCUGUUAUCGGACCAGGAUUUGAAGAAACGUUAUGGCGCUAAAUGGGCUCUUGUCACAGGUGGUUCUUCGGGAAUCGGGGCAUGUAUCGUCAAGAAGCUGGCUUCACAGGGAAUCAAUGUCGUCGUCGUUGCUCUAGACAACAAUCUCCUACCUGAAUUGAUUCAUCAGGUCAAGCAGACGUACCCAAAUGUCGAGUUCCGAUCUGUCGGUGCUGAUUUGAGUGCUGAGAACUCGGAUACGUAUAUGGAGAAGAUUAAAGAUGCGACUAAAGAUAUCGAGGUGCAGCUGGUCUUUAAUAAUGCAGGCUACAUCAUGCCUGGAUUAUUCGCUCUACUUCCUCUCGACACGGUCAUGAAAAACUAUCACACGAAUGCUACAUCAUCAGUUUAUAUAACCCAUCACUUUACUCGUCUCAUGAUUGAACGCAAACAGAAGGGCUUGGUUGAAUUUACUUCAUCUUCUGCGAGUUUCAUGCCGUCACCAACGCAGACGAUGUACGCACCUACAAAAUCGUUCAUCACAAACCUGGGAGCCAACCUUGCUGCUGAAUUGAGGGAGGAUGGUAUUGAUGUGGUCGUAAUGCACCCAUCACCAGUCAAUACAAACUUUUUCGAGAACGCUAAAGGAGUAGCCGCCGUCUUGUUUUUCAAAAGGCAUUCUUACGGUCCUGAAGUUAUUUGCGAUGCCAUAUUCGCAUCUGCUGGACGUGUUAUUAUAUAUGAUCAGGGCUACUUUUCAAUAUCCUUGAAGCUCUUGCUCAAGGCUCUCGACUGGAACUUGCUAGUUACGGUGUUUUCGUAUGGGUUGGCUACGAAUGGUGAUUAUAAGAAUCUGAGAGCCAAAGGAAUGGCUGGUCUGAAAAAGUAG